AUGAAAGAUACAGGAGGCAAGCAGCUGGAAGAUGGCUGUACCCUUUCUUAUUACAACAUCCAGAAAGAAUCAACUCUGCACCUGGUCCUGCGCCUGAAGGAUGGUAUGCAGAUCUUCAUGAAGACCCUGACCAGCAAGAUCAUCAUCCUGGAGGUGGAGCCCAGUGACACCAUCGAAAAUGUGAAGGCCAAGAUCCAGGAUAAAGAGGGCAUCCCCCCUGACCAGCAGAGGCUCAUCUUUGCAGGCAAGCAGCUGGAAGAUGGCCACACUCUUUCUGAUGACAACAUCCAGAAAGAGUCAACUCUCUACCUGGUUCUCCGUCUGAGGGGUGGCUGUUAAUUCUUCAAUCUUGAAUUCUUAGUGCCCAAUGAUGGCAUGGCUCUGCACUCUAGCUAGCUAUUUGCCCCAAUUUAAGUUUAGAAAUUACCAGUUUCAGUAAGAGCUGAAUCACUGGUUUUCUCAAUAGCUGUUCAAAAUGUUAAUAAAAGUUUUGUUGCAUGGUA